AUGCUCAGGAUGUCUUUAACGAUCGUGAGACAAUUGUGAGUAUGUGGCCUUGAAAACAGGCUUUUCAAAUUGUUUCCCUUACAAGGACAGACGACCUUUUUUUAAACGUAAAUGUUUUAAAAACUGAAUUUAAAAUCGUCGUACUGCAGGAAGCCAGAAUUUGUUGUGCAAAGGUUGCUGGUCACUCUUUGAAUAUGCUUUGCUGUCGGGAGCUUAGAAAACCAGUAUAGAAUUGAUGAUCAUUGACAUUCCAACAAUCUUUUUUUUGUGUCGACACUAUCAUUUUCCUUUGAUUAUGACAGCAUUGGCUCGCAUAAGGUAUGGUACAAUCAAUUCUUCGCAUGGGGUAGGAUAGGUAAAUAUUUAGUGAAUAUGUUAGUUUUCAAUCGUACGGUAGGUAAUUGCUACUUGGUAAUUGAUAAUGAUCCCAUGGCCCAGCAUUGUGUGGCCUCUUCAAAAUGUUCUUGUUUACUUACAGUAACGGAUUUAGCAUUAGUUUAUUAACCAUACCCAUAUUGUCAAAAACCAGGAUCUCAGUCGUAUGGCCUAUUGAAGGCCACUACACUACGAACUUUUAUCAGUGGACUGUACUCUUCUUCAAUCCCGGACCUAUUGCAAUACUUAAUUUGAACACGUGGUAUGGCACAACCAAUCAGAAAAGCCGAAAAAAAUCUAAUCUAAUGUCCAAAUUUAGAACUCAGACUGGGUAUAAAGAGUGUCAUUCGUAUGUUGUCUGCGCCAUUAUCUGUCUCAAUGUAUAAAGGUGAGCUAUCCUGUUCUACUUUGAAGAUUUAUGUGCUUCGGCGUCGUCGUAACGAACCAAGGAUCUCGUUUCGAUUCUUGAGAGCUAAAUUAACAUCUUCAUUAUGAAGUUGCAAGGAGCCUGCCUGAUUGUAGCCACUCUCGUAUUGGUUUAUUCGAACGUAGACGCCCUGCUCAGGCCAUCAUCAAUCCGACUAGAGAACAAUAGCUACACGGGCAUCGUGGUGGCUAUUCACAGCAAUGUUAACGAGAGCGUUGAGCUAAUUGAUCGCAUAAAGUACAUGUUCUACGAGGGUUCCAAGUACCUCUAUGAAGCUACCCGGAAACGCGCCUACUUCGACAAAGUCACCAUCAUCGUGCCCAAAACAUGGACGCACAAGUCGGAGUACAAGUUGCCCGGCAACUUGACGUUCGACUACGCCGACGUCAUCGUGGCCCCGCCCAAUCCGCGCUGGGCGCCGCUGCAGUACACAAAACAGUAUCAGGGAUGCGGCCAGCGGGGCGUUCAUAUACAUUUCAUGGAUGAGUUUUUGACUGAUCCGGAAGUGGAGCUAUAUUACGGUCCUCUUGGGCGCGUGCUCGUACAUGAGUGGGGUCAUCUUCGCUGGGGGUUAUUCGACGAGUACCCGGAUGCUGUUGGUGACCCAGACAACUACCAGGAGUUCUAUUUUUCUCCUCUCACGCAGCAAUUUGAAGGAGUCAGGUGCUCUUACGAUCACAACGCCUUUCCCUUGAAGUUCUUCCCGGAAUCGCAAAUGUAUCGUCCUUGUAACGGUGGACCAGACAUUGGGUACGAGGAAGGAUGUGUGUAUUACGUCGUUGCCAAUCAAGAUAAAGACUUAGUCUCGUCUUCGAUCAUGUUUUCAAGCUACCCUCUCGGCCCGAUCAAGUAUUUCUGUGACAACGAUUCGUCAGACUCGCCCAAUCUACACAACCGAGAGGCGCCCAACAAGCACAACCGUCUUUGCACAAGUCGGAGCAAUUGGGAGGUCCUGCGAGAUCACGAGGACUUUCGAAAUAACAUAAACCCGCCCCGUGAGAUAAGCGAAGAUGACUUGAUGCCGGAGAUAACGAUCGUCCAACACCAAGACAUUCGCGUGGUACUUCUGUUGGACACAUCCGGAAGUAUGACGUCGAAAAAUCGUUUCAACAAGAUGAUCAGCUCCUCCGCUAAUUAUAUCUCUUCCAUCGUCACGGAGGGCAGCUACAUCGGUAUCGUGGAGUUCAACUAUGUCGGCAUCAUACGGAAGAACCUGACGCUGGUUACCAGUGAUGACGACCGCCAGGCACUGCUGGAAUCUCUCCCGCCAGAUGCGGGUGGAAGCACGGCUAUUGGGGACGGGCUCUUAAAGUCUAUAGAGGUGCUCUCCGAAGGCGGCAUGGACCCGGCAGGAGGUAUCAUUCUGCUGAUAACCGACGGAAAAGAGAACGUUCGACCGAACGUAGCUGACAUCAUGGACACCAUCAUAAGUUCAGGGGUCAUUGUGGACACGCUUGCCUUCAGUCAGAACGCCGACGGGCUUUUGCCCGGGUUGUCCCAAGCAACAGGUGGAAAAACGUACUUCUACUCGGACGAGGUUGGUUCCAACACGCUGUAUGAAGCAUUUGCAGCUACUAUGGAGAGGGGUGACGUCCUAGAUUCUGAAAGACGAGUGCAGUUGAUGGGAACCUCUUGGUCUUUAAAAAGUGAUGAAGAAAGAACGAGCAGCAUCUUCUUGGACAGCACUCUGGGUAGAAACACUGAGUUUGUUUUCUCUUGGGAAACGGAAAACGUCCUUGCAAUCGAUGUGAACAUCACACGACCGAAUGGGAGUAUGAUCGACUGGUCCUAUGAGGGUUAUGGUGUCGACAUCUCCUUCAGAAUUUUAACGGUGUCGAUCAAAGGACAGGCCGAGGCUGGUUCCUGGAAAUUUAAAGUUUGGAACAAUGGUACCCAGAGUCAGGAUGUUGUGGUCACCAUCUAUUCGUACCCAGCAAGUAAUGACGUAGAACCCAUCAUCGUGACGUCAGAGCUGAGCGGCUCCACCACAGCCUUUGAGCAAAACGAGCCGCUGGUGGCGUACGCCGAGAUUCGCCAGGGCUUCAGACCUAUGAUCUACGCGAAUGUCUGGGCGACCAUUGAGAGACCACAAGCCGGAUACGAACCUAUCAAACUCCAGCUACUUGAUAAUGGCGCAGGGGCGGACGUAACCAAGAACGACGGAGUGUACUCAAGGUACUUCACCGAGAUGACUGGCGUCGGAUACUAUGGUGUCACGAUUGACGUGGACAAUAACGAAGGCAACGCCAUCGUCAUCGACUCGAAUCCCUUCUCCAAAUCCCGACCGAUCGUGGAUCCUGACGAUGCUUUCAAUCUGCCUGAUAUAGGCGGGGUGAAGAUACCAUCGCCCGGUGAACCACCAGCGGAGCCAACAGGCACACCUGCCCCGGCGUUCAGUCGUGGUACAUCGGGCGGCUCAAGCCGUGUAGACGCCACACCUCCUGGCUUCUCGCCAGGUGCUGACUUGUUCCCUCCAGGAGACAUUCUAGAUCUCAGAGUCACGAAUACCUCGUUCCUGGACAAGACGGUAUCAUUAGCUUGGACAGCGUCCGGAGAUGAUCUUGAUAGUGGGGCAGCGUCUUGGUACGAAGUAAUCCGUGCCGAGUCCGUUCUUGCCUGGCAGAGCGACCCGGAUCCGGAGUCGCAUCUGAUCCUUAACUCCAGUCACGUGCUCCAAGGAAACCUCUCGGCGCCUCAGGUGUUCGGCAGUCGGGAAGACCUGCAGGUCAUGGUACCCGUGCCUGAGGAAGUCAACGUGACCUCGUACGCGUUCGUCCUGCGCGCCUUUGACGACGCUGGUCGCUGGUCUGAGUUCUCCAACGUGGUUCAGGCCGUGCUCAGGGAGUACGUCCCGGAAUCUUUGCCGGCGCCGGCGCCCGCGACGACAAACGCCCCACCUGCGACGUCAAACCCCCAACCCGCUACGGGAGAUGCCUCACCCGUGAUGACAGACGCCCCGCCCACGACAAGAGAUGCCCCGCCCGUGACGACAGACGCCCCACCCCCGACAACAGACGCCCCCAUCGUUGUGACCGUAACCCCUCCCAGCACAUGGCUCCAGUGGUGGCACAUUGCCCUCAUGGUAGUUGGGGGCUCCGUAGGUUUGUCCCUUCUGAUUGGUUUGAUCCUGUGCGCAGUACUCAAGGGCAUCCCGUCGAAAGCCACACCCGUGUCGCCGAUAAUUGUAGCAGAGGCUGGUGAACAUACCAACCGGGCCUACGCCCACGAAUGGCUUGAAUGAAAAAAGGGGCGGAGCAAUAGACGAAGACACAUGCCACACAUUAGAAUUAUUACCUACAAAACAAGAAUAGUGAUAAACGAUCACAAAAUAAAGUAGUUGUCAAUAUCGUUUCAUUGUUAACAGUUGUGUAUUUCAAAAGUUAUACAUUAUAUCUUAUUUACAAUUCAAAAUUGUGCCUUACUUUUUUUUAACUCGCUGUCAGAGCGACGCAUUGAUCAUUAUUCUCAUCCCACUCUGUAACAACAUGUAGGCCUACGUUAAGUUUUGCUGUGUAGAAAUAUUUAACAAAACAGACUAGACCAGAAUGGUAAUCUUAGUAGUUUGCCGUGUAUGAUUCUCGGCAGAAAUCGGAUGCGGUAGAAAUCGGAUGUGAAAUUUCAUUCGUCUUUAGAUUUGAAAAGCAGGUUUUAGGGUUGUGUGGAAGUGAAGGACAGAGAUGAUGUGUAAUUAUGGAGCAAAAACAACAACAAGUGACUUAAGUCAGAAAUCAAAUGAGACGCCCAACAAAACAAACCUGCCAGUUUCCUUAUUUUGCAGAUUCUGUAAUAAUUAAUGCGCUUUCGUUAUGUAACUGCCAAUGAACUGAUCAGACUUGUAAGGCUUUCAUGGUUUACUCGAAGUAUCCAUGGAAUUUAGUUGUUAGCCUAUCUUUUCUAUGACAAAAUAUAAGUACUUUAAAAAAGUAAGUUUCUUACAGCUGUGUUUAUAAUUUCACUGAUUUUUCUUGAAACUUGGAUGUAGGCCUAGGCCCUAUGUGGUAAUGUACGCUAAGGAAUCUAUAUUACACGAUUAAAAAAAUAUGAACACCAUC